UGGAGACAAGGUGGAGGCGCCCCGGGUUCCCGCUGCAGCCGCCGUUGUCGCCGCAACAGCCGCCGAUGCAGCCACCAAUGCAGCCCGCGGCGCAUGCAUUCUGUUAAAUGCAACGGCGGGCAGGCGGCGGACGCAUGCAACCUGCACGGGAGACCGCGGAUUUUGUUGCAGCUCUGCAGCGGCGGGCGGGCGGGCGGGGGGCAGUGAGAUGAGGUGCAGCCGCAUUGGUGCCGCCGCCGCCGGGUGCUGCAGGCUGCAGCCGCAUGGCCUGAGGACGUGAGCGAAGCACCCAUGGCGGAGCCGCUGCAUGGGUGCGGAGCGGCUGCGGCUGCGGUUCUGCCCGGGGCUGGGGCCGGGAUCUGGGGGCUCCCCGCCCCGCACCCUGCCCGCAUGGGGCCGCAGCGCCUGCACUUGUGUGGCCGUGCGGCCAGAGACAAUGUAUCCAGGCAGCUGGCUACAGUAGCGACUGGCACACACAUGGCUACAGGAUUGGCUGGCACCAACUUCGCUACAGGUUCGCCUGGCACCAACUUGGCGACAUUAUCGACUGGCACUACAAUGGCUACAAUAUCGACUGGCACACAAAUGGCUACAGUAUCGACUAGCACACACAUGGCUACAGGAUUGGCUGGCACCAACUUCGCUACAGUAUUGCCUGGCACACACUUGGCGACACCGACUGCCACACAAAUGGCUACAGUAUCGCCUGGCACACAUUUGGCUACAAGAUUGACUGGCACACACAUGGCUACAGGAUUGACUGGCACCAACUUCGCUACAGGUUCGACUGGCACAAACUUGGCUACAAGAUUGACUGGCACACAAAUGGCUACAGUAUCGACUGGCACACAUUUGGCUACAAGAUUGACUGGCACCAACUUCGCUACAGGUUCACCUGGCACAAACCUGGCGACAUUAUCAACUGGCACUACAAUGGCUACAGUAUUGCCUGGCACCAACUUCACUACAGUAUCGACUGGCACACACAUGGCUACAGUAUCGACUGGCACUACAAUAGCUACAAGACUGACUGACACCAACUUCGCUACAGUAUCCACUGGCACACAUUUGGCGACAGUAUCUCCUGACACACAAAUUGAUACAGUUUUGCCUGGAACAGGUGACUACCUGCUACCAGCACCCCUGGGAUCCCAGGUGGUGACAAUGAGCACCACUCCGGGAGGAGAGCACUCCAGGACGCAUUACCCCGACUUUUACCAGCCCGACGACCUCUUGCUCGCCCUCGACCCCAUCUUCAGCGCCCUCUCGGGAGAGCAGCAAGCCCCGGGCAAGAGGAAGGGGUCGGAUCACGGCACUUGGCAGGGAGAGGCUGGCACGGGUCUGGCCCAGCACAAGAGGAAGAGGCUGGAGAACGGGGAGGGGGGUGGGGGUGCCAAGCUGGCCAAUGGGCACGACGUGGGCAAGCUGCGCAACGGGGAGGGCGUGAGGCUGGUGGGCGACGGAGAGACGGGGCAGGCGGGGGCAGUGCCGAGGACGCAGAGCCGGGAGCUGGUGAACAAGUACAUCGUGCCCUGCAUGAACUGCUACGGCAUCUGCGUCAAGGACAACUUCCUCGGUGGGGCACUGGGCGGGCAGAUCCUGCUGGAGGUCCUGUCCCUCCACCGGAACGGGACCCUGAUGGACGGGCGGGUGGUCAGCCCGCUCACCGUGCCCACCCGCAGCAUCCGAGGGGACAAGAUCGCCUGGGUGGAGGGCACCGAGCCCGACUGUGCUGGCAUUGGGCAGCUGAUGGGCAGAAUCGACGAGCUCAUCAUCUAUAGCACUGGCAGGCUGGGCAACUAUGAGAUCAACGGCAGGACCAAGGCCAUGGUGGCCUGUUACCCUGGCCAUGGAACGGGCUACGUCCGACACAUUGACAAUCCCAAUGGCGAUGGCCGUUGUGUGACCUGUAUUUAUUACCUGAACAGGGACUGGGACGUCAGUGUCCACGGCGGCUUGCUGCAGAUCUUUCCCGAAAACCGCUCGGAGGUGGCGAACAUCGAGCCUCUAUUCGACAGGUUGUUAAUUUUCUGGUCGGACCGGAGAAACCCUCACGAGGUGAAGCCUGCGUUUGCCACCAGGUACGCCAUUACUGUCUGGUAUUUUGAUGGCAAGGAGCGGAUUGAAGCCAAAGAGCGAUUCAAGAGGGCCUCAGCCCAGAAAGCCUUGACGUUCGACUAGACGGGGGCGAUGUGAAUCUGUUAGGUCGCCAUGCGGGGAGACGGCGUGCUGCCUUCCCGAUGGAUCAGCCUCUCCAUGGAACGCUGCAGCCUCCGGAGAGGACUAUCCUGGCCUGAGCCAGCCCCGUUGUUCAAAGGCAAAUUGGCCCGGGUCAGGACGAGGGGACCAUGACCCCCCUCCACCCCCUCUGUUCGUUGGGGUGCGGGGGUCAACGCAUUGACGUUGGGGUUGGGGUUGGGGCUUUUAAUGAUUUUCCACCCACCCUCACCGCCCCACCUGUUCCAGUGAGGAUCUCCCCUUCACCCCCCCCCCCCUCCAUCGUCGCCCACCCUUCCAUUCCCCCUCGAGCCACAUUCAACAGGACCAGUGCUCCAAUCAUCUGCCUCCACGACCAACAACCAUGGCAUCUCAAGAUAGACACAGAGUGCUGGAGCAACUCAGCGGGUCAGGCAGCAUCUCUAGAGAACAUGGACACAGAGUGCUGGAGCAACUCAGCGGGUCAGGCAGCAUCACUGGAGCGAUGAUUUAAGACUGAGAUGAGGAAACAUUUUUUUCACCCAGAGAGCUGUGGAUCUGUGGAAUUCUCUGCCACAGAGGCUGUGGAGGCCAAUUCACUGGAUGUUUUCAAGAGCGAGUUAGAUUUAGCUCUUAGGGCUACGGAAUCAAGGGAUAUGGGGGAAAAGCAGGAACGGGGUACUGUUUUGGAUGAUCAGCCAUGGCUCGAAGGGUCGAAUGGCCUGCACUUAUUUUUCUGUUUCUAGAGAAGGAAUGGGAGAUGUUUCAGGUCGAGACCCUUUCUCAGACUGAAGACCCUAAGAACGUCACCCAUUUGUUCUCUCCAGAGAUGCUGCCUCUCCUGCUGAGUUCCUGUGCCUGUCUUUGGAGAUAAUGUCUGGAACAGAUUGGACCCUACAAGUGCCGAACUAGAGCCAUUGAAUGUGUGCGUGUAAUCUGUAACUUCAGUUGCACUGUAAAAUAUUCUAACGGUGGAUUUAUAUUUGAGAUUAAUUCUUUGCAGAACAAUUAUUUGAAUUUUUUUCACCCAAUUGUGUUUGGAAAAGCUUCUGAUUUAUUGCAUGUUUUCUUUACUCCAGUGGGUGAAGGGUUGACAUCCCGAAUCAUCGAAAUUGUUAAAACGUUUUCUGAUUUUGUGCAAAAAGAAAAAGUGUAUUGCAUUCAACAAAGCACUUUCCAAGAUCCUGACAUUGUAUUGGUAAAAGGGCUGUGAAUUUGGAUUAAAACUGAAUUUUUUCUCU